AUGGAUGAAGAUUAUCCCAUGCCCCCCCAGGAGGCUGAGUCCUCCCUGGAGGCCCCCAGGCCGGCCUUGAACCCCAGCCCAGUCGCAGAGACCAGCUCGGACUCCCCUGGCAUGGUGGGCGACCGGCUGCCCCCGAGAACGGGCGCCGUGGUGAUCGACAUGGGCACGGGCACCUGCAAAGUGGGCUUCGCCGGGCAGGCUCGGCCCACCUACACCGUGGCCACCCUCAUGGGCUGCCAGCCCAAGAAGCAGGCCACCGAGGGGCAGCCCGAAAUGGAGACGUUCAUCGGCGAGGCGGCGCGCACGCACCCGGAGCUGGCGCUGGUGCAGCCGCUGCGCCACGGCAUCGUGGUGGACUGGGAGGCUGCCGAGCUCAUCUGGCGCCACCUGCUGGAGCACGACCUCCGGGUGGACGCCCAGGACCACCCGCUGCUCUUCUCGGACCCGCCCUUCAGCCCUGCCACCAACCGCGAGAAGCUGGUGGAGGUGGCCUUCGAGUCGCUGCGCGCGCCUGCCAUGUACGUAGCCUCGCAGUCUGUGCUGUCCGCCUAUGCCCACGGCAGGGUCAGCGGGCUGGUGGUGGACACCGGCCACGGCGUCACCUACACCGUGCCCGUCUUCCAGGGCUACAACCUGCCGCAUGCCACCGAGCGCCUGGACCUAGCGGGCAACCACCUGACCGCCUUCCUGGCCGAGGUACUGCUGGGCUCUGGCUUCCCUCUGGGGCAGCACGACCUGGACACCGUGGAGAGCAUCAAGCACCGCUACUGUUACGUGGCCGCGGACUUCCAGAAAGAGCAGGCGCGCUCGGAGCAGGAGUGCAGGCAGACGCUGAAGCUGCCCGACGGGCGGACAGUCACGCUGGGCAAGGAGCUGUUCCAGUGCCCGGAGCUGCUGUUCCACCCUCCCGAGAUCCCGGGGCUGGCGCCCGUGGGCCUCCCCACCAUGGCAGAGCACAGCCUCCGCAAGGUGUCGCUGGAGGUGCGCUCGGACGUGGCGCACAACGUGCUGCUGUGUGGCGGCUCCUCCCUCUUCCCCGGCUUCGAGGGCCGCUUCCGCGCCGAGCUGCUGCGCUCGCUGCCGCCCGAGGCCCACGUGGUGGUGGCGGCACAGCCCACCCGGCACUUCUCCGUGUGGAUCGGGGGCUCCAUCCUGGCCUCGCUGCGCGCCUUCCAGUCCUGCUGGGUCCUGCGGGAGCAGUACGAGGAGCAGGGCCCGCACAUCGUGUACCGCAAGUGCUACUGA